GUCAAAAGUUUAGCGGGAAUCAACAUGGCGAGCGACAUGACAUCUAGCGUCACAGCACCGGACUCGGUGCAAUGUCCCGUUUGUUUUAAAGACUUUAAACCUGCUACAAUUAACGGACACCUCGACGCGUGUCUGAUGAAAAGCGACAGCAGUCAGUCUACAAUGAACGAGAGCGAGCCUCCUUUAAAGAAAACUCGCAUCAGCGCCGAAGCUGAACCACCCAGUCCCAGUGUCAACAAAACUCUGGCCAGCUCCUCCUGCGUGGCUGGGACGCCUUCAUCUUCGGUAUUUUCUCUAUUUCAGGCCAACAAGAGUAAAGUUUCAGUUCAAAGUGAACGAGGCGGGAUGUUUUCAAGUAAACAAACUGCUGCCGCUGCUGUCAACAAGGGAGGUAAAGUGAACUUGCUGAGCGAGGCAGAAGCUGGACCAGCAGGUACUGAGAAUCUAAAGAGCCAACCCACAGGAUCAAACGGACAGACUUUGAAGUCAUCAAAUGAUGUGUCGCCACGGACGCUGCUAACAAUAGACAAGCCUUUGGCUGAGAUACUGAGACCAAACACACUGGAGGAAUACUUCGGUCAAAGUAAAGUUGUAGGCCAGCAGACACUCUUCCGGUCACUGCUGGACUCCCAGGAAAUACCAUCCCUGAUCCUCUGGGGGCCACCUGGAUGUGGAAAGACCACUCUAGCUCACAUAAUUGCCAGCACCAGUAAAAAGAAGGGAACAGCUCGUUUUGUCACUCUGUCCGCCACCAGCACGUCCACCAAUGAAGUCCGGGAGGUGAUUAAGCAGGCGCAGAAUGAGCUCCGACUGUGCAAGAGGAAGACCAUCCUGUUCAUUGAUGAAAUUCACCGCUUCAACAAAUCCCAGCAGGACACCUUCCUUCCUCACGUGGAGUGCGGGACGGUCACUCUGAUCGGGGCAACCACAGAAAAUCCGUCCUUCCAGGUGAAUGCCGCCCUGCUGAGCAGGUGCAGGGUGCUGGUUCUGGAGAAGCUCUCCGUGGAGGCGAUGGGCUCGAUCCUGGACAGGGCCGUGGCCACGUUGGGGAUUAGAGUCCUGGGACGAGAUCCAGCAAAUCCCAAAGAUGAAGACCAAUCAGAUGGACACGAGCCAAAGAUUUUCAUUGAACAAAAAGCUCUGGACACCAUAGCCUACCUUUGUGAUGGUGACGCAAGAGCAGGACUCAAUGGUCUGCAGCUUGCUGUUCAGGCUCAGGUGAGCUUGUCCCGGCCCAAGUCAUUAGGACAAGAUGGUUCUCGGGAAAUACUGGUGACGGAGGAGCACAUCAAGGAAGGUCUUCAGAGGUCCCAUAUUCUCUACGAUAAAGCUGGUGAAGAGCAUUACAACUGUAUCUCAGCGUUACAUAAGUCUAUGAGAGGAUCCAAUGAGAAUGCGUCUCUCUACUGGCUGGGCCGCAUGCUGGAGGGCGGUGAGGAUCCUCUCUAUGUGGCCCGCAGGCUGGUCCGCUUUGCCAGUGAGGAUGUGGGUAUGGCAGAUCCCUCCGCUCUUCCUCAGGCUGUGUCCGCCUUCCAAGCCUGUCACUUCAUCGGGAUGCCUGAAUGUGAGGUGAUCCUGGCUCAGUGUGCGGUCUAUCUGGCACGAGCACCCAAGUCUGUGCAGAUCUACAAGGCCUAUGCUAACGUGAAGGCCUGUUUGAGGAACCACAAAGGUCCCCUGCCUCCUGUCCCAUUAUUACACCUUCGCAACGCCCCCACCAGGCUGAUGAAAGAACUGGGCUAUGCUAAAGGCUACAAAUACAAUCCAGCCUUCAGCGGCCCAGUAGAGCAGGAGUACUUACCUGACGAGCUGCAGGGAAUCGACUUCUUCACCUGGACUCCUUCAGAGCCAUGACGAUCUGUUGUAAUGACUUGCUGCAGCGUGUUGAAAACCAAGGCGGGUGAAUGAAAACAAUCUUGUCCAAUGAUCAGUUGUUGGGAUAUAAAGUACAUUUUAUGUACUGUAGCUGCUAAUCCAAAAUCAACCAUCAUGUUCUGUUCAAAUUUCUUAACAAUUUUACUUUAGUCUGUUUUUGAGUACUUUAUAAAAGAUAAACAAACCAUAUACACUUAAUUUACUUCUAGAUAUGUUCAUAAUAAAGUCCAUUCCAGUCCAUUCAAAUUAAUAACAAAAAAUGUAUAAUAAAUAUACACAGCAUGUCUUUGUAUUUCCAUAACAGAUCUUUCAUUUUUUAUAGUGUUAAAUAUGUUUUUGUUUCUUUGUUCUGUCCUUUUUUCCAGCAUUGUUUAACCUGAUUAAAAUGUUUGUUUCUUUA